AUGUCUUCAGCGACAACAACACAACCGAUACAAACGGAUCCAAUAACAGCAGAUCCUUUAACAACGGAUUCGAUAAGAACAGAGCUGAUAACAGCAGAACCGGUAAAAGGAUAUGAAUUUGAGAAUAAAAAAGCUGUGACCAAAUUACAUGAAAAUACUUGGAUGUCUCUAAUCGAGCAGUGCAUAACCAUUUUGAGUGGAACGACUAUUUAUGCUACUGAUGAGUUCAAAAAUUUAUUUCAAAACGAGGUAUUCAUCACAAAGGUAUUUCAACUUUUCGAUCAAGAUAUGGAUGGAGUAAUUAAGCAAGAUGAUUGGAUGAAAAAAAUAAGACUUUUGGUUUCUAAUAAAGAUAAACUGGAUCAAAUAGAAUCUAUCAUUAAUGAAAUAGUAAAAAAGGAACCAAUUAACUUUUCGACCUUUAAAAAAGUUUUUGAUAAUACUAAGUUUUUGAAAAAUUUUAUGCUAUUAUUGAGUAGUGGGCGCAAAUCAUACGUUACUGCGACUGAAAUUAGUUUCUUUCUGAUGUCAAUGACUGAUCCAAGAAACACGUAUGACUUUAACUUGAAAAUUUUUAAACAUCUUAAAAAGUUAUACCUUGAUCAUACAUCAAAUCCUAGAGGGAUGACACUCAAGGAAUUCAUGACCCUCGUAAACAUAAAAACUGAUACAUUCGGGAAGAGAAUAUUUGCAUUGUUCGACAAAGAUGGUUCUGACUUCAUGACAUGGCCAGAAUUUAUGGACUCCAUGCAGUGUUAUUCAGGAAAACAGCAAGACAAACUACGAUUUCUCUUUAAUAUGUAUGACUCCGAUGGUAAUGGCCUGAUCAGUAAAGAAGAACUUGCGGCAUUUUUAAAAGAUAGCAUGGCUGAAAAUGGUAUAACAUUGGACGAACAUAUCACUCAUGGACUGGCAUCAGCUUUAUUUGCAGAUGCUAAUCCAAAUAAGCAAACGGGGAUAACUUUCGAAGCUCUUAAAAAUCAAAUUGAGAAACACGAUGGGCUCCUUGAAAAUUUAACAAUCUGUUCUGAUAAGUUAUUGGUUACACCUGGAUCUGAUGAAUCAAAAAGUUUUUUUGAUAAAUUUAAAUUACCUCGUAAAUUGCAAAGCUCUUAUAUUAAAAAUAACUACAUCAAAAUUACUUUCUUGGCAAUGUACGUAUUGACAAACUUAAUAAUUUUUGUAUCAAGAGCUUAUCAGUAUAAAGAUAAUAAUGGAUACUUCAUUUUAGCAAAAGCUUGUGGACGAUGUCUUAGCUUUAACAUACCAUUUAGCUUUAUUUUAAUGCUUCGACAAUGCAUAACAUUUCUACGAAAUCGAGGAUUUAAUAAUUAUUUGCCUCUUGAUCACCAUAUUUAUUUGCACAAAUUAACAGGAAUUAAUAUAACCAUCUUGAGUAUUGUACACACUGUUAUGCACUUUGGAAAUUUGAUAUAUAAAAUGGACACCAAUGGUUUCUCAGUGCCUUUUAGAGAACUUACUACUGGGAUCCUGUUGCUCUUAUGUCUAAUCAUAUUAUUCAUUUUUUCUCUACCAUUUAUUCGACAAAAAGCUUCAUUCGAAAUUUUCUAUCGGACCCAUCUACUGUGCAUGCUCUUUAUAGCUGUGGGCACAAUUGGACAUGUCACAGCCUUUUAUUAUUGGAUCAGUGGGCCGUUGGCCCUUUUUAUAAUCGAAUUUUUCUACCGACAUGCCUCUCAAGUCUCAGAAAAAGGAAAAACCUAUUCGACUGAAGGUGUUCUUUUACCAUCAAGGGUUACUCAUUUGAGGAUCAAGAAACCACGAAACUUUGAUUUUCGUCCUGGAGAUUACGUUUUUGUAAAUAUACCAGUUAUUGCUUAUUGGGAGUGGCAUCCUUUUACUAUUAGCAGUGCUCCUGAAGAAAAAGAUUACUUUUCAUUGCAUAUCCGAGGUGUUGGGGGAUGGACAAAUAAUCUAUAUUCAUACUUGGAUCAAGAAUAUAUACGUAACCUAGAAUAUAGGAAUCGUCCUGUUGAUAAAUAUCGGGCUUCAGUAGGACCUCCCAAAAAAGUUGAUAUUACUGAGGAAGACUCAAAAGCAUUUAAUAAUCUUGCUUUUGUUCCUGAUAAUGAGCCAUCGUCAUCAAAUAUAAAGUCAUUCUCACCAUCAUUCAAGAUAGAAAAAGAGACUGAUGAUAAAGUGGCUGAUUUGCCGAUCAGAAGAAAAAGCGAACCUUCAAUUGAUCCUAAAAAACCUUUUGAAAAAAUGAAAUCUUUGUCAACAAUAAAACUCGAUCUCGAAAGAGAUCGACCAAAAUUCAAGGCUGUUGUCAGAGCACAAACAGAUUAUCAUUUUAAACAACUGAAAACUGAAAAUGUGAAGAAAGUUAACUUUUCUUCAUUUGAACAAAGCUUCCGGUACAAGCGCAAUGUACCUGACGUUAUUACAUUUCCGAUCCCAAAAACGGAUGAUGAAAUACACACGAUACAUACAAGCAAUCAGCAACAGUAUGAAGUUGAUACAAUAUCAAAAGUUGAAGAAGGUAGAGUUAGAUACAAACGAAAUUCUACAAAUCAGGACGAGGAAAAACCUUUCAUUGUAAAUAUUCAGGGACCCUUUGGAACACCAUCGAGUCAUAUAUUUCAGGCGCAGCAUGCAGUGAUCAUAGCAACGGGUAUUGGCGUUACACCAUUUGCAUCUAUAUUACAAUCUAUUAUGCAUCGUUAUAAGACCAAAAGUAAUUCAAUGAAACUUCAAAAAGUUGACUUCUUUUGGCUAAACAGAUCACAUCGUUCGUUCGAAUGGUUUGUUGACCUUUUAACUCAAUUGGAAAUAGAUCAAGCAGAAAAUGAGAGCAAACAUAGAGACGAAGACGGAAAGACAACCGUGGAAAGAUUUCUAGAAAUGCAUAUGUAUGUAACAAGUGCACCGGCAAAAACUGAUAUGAAAGCUGUCGCUUUGAAUAUGGGCUUGGAUUUGCUAUUUCAAAAGGAAAAACUAGAUUUCAUUACCGGACUUAAAACUAGAUCAAAAACCGGCAGACCGGAUUGGGACGAGGUGUUUCAGGAACUAAAAAACAAACAGAAAGGAAAAAUUACUGUUUUUUAUUGUGGUCCACCACAGUUAGGUCGUAUACUCCGUAAAAGGUGUGAAAAAGUGGGUUUCGGUUUUCGUAAAGAAAGUUUUUGAUGUGACGAGUUUAAAUUAGCAGUAUAUGAUUGUUCUUUCAUUCGAACAACCGUUAUAUAAUUUUGGCCAAAAUAAAAAAUCAUUCACCGUCUGAGUUUAUCGAUGGUGUGUGAAAUUUCAUUUCAGAUGUACGAAAACAUUACAUUCCGCCACUAUAAGAAAAA